CGGGUUUUGUAAAAAUGACCGCCAUAUUUUGUGUUUUAACCUGUUUUAUUCUUAAUGACUUUUGUACUUUCUUCCCUUUGGAAUAAACCCAUGAUUAUAAAAUGUCUGGUGUAAAUAUGCAAGGCUCGACCACGGAUCAAGUCACCUAUACAAAUGACCGUCCACAAGGUUUAUCUACAGAGGCUAAGAUGGUUCUUAUGCAACAGCAGUUAGCCCUACUUUUACAUGCUGAUCAUUGUGAACGCCUUGAAAGGAGAGGAAUGACAACUAACUGUAUGGAUCGAAAUUGUGGUGAAAUUCGAAACCUGUUGCCUCAUUUACAGAGUUGUACUCGAGAAAAGGAGUGUAAUGUUCCACAUUGUAUUUCGUCCAAGUACAUAAUGCGACACUAUCGUUCUUGCGGAGAUAUGGAAUGCCGGGUUUGUUCAGCAAUCAGAAAACCUAUGGUAAACUCUACAUCGUCAUCAGCAUCAUCCGUUGGUUCCUCCCAGAAUGGACUCAGUUCAAACCACAAAUCUGAUAUGUCAUCCUUAAACGGCAUCAAGAUAUCAGACUCUCCGCUUCCACAACAAAAGACUCCUUUUACAACUGCUUCUUGUGAAUCACAACCAACAGUUGUGUUGAAUGGUGAGUUCAGUCGGGUACCUUCACAUGAAAAUCGCAUCACCGAUCAGCAGAGAGAACUUGCUAUGAAGAAGUUUGUGAAUGACAUUUCUUUGUCGAUUUUUCCAACGGCAAAUCCUACUGCAUACAGUGAUCCCAGAAUGAAGCAAUUUCUUGACUAUGUUAAACGAAUGGAAAAAGACGUUUUUGUAAAAUCUAGGUCUACAGAAGAAUAUUUCAAAACGAUGGCACUUCACUACCACAAUAUACAUUCUGAAUUAAAAGAAAAACGUCGUUUGAGGGAAUCCUGUCCACCUCUACAAAAUGGGGAAAUCUGUGAUGUGACACAACCUUCAGACCUGCCAAAUUCUAUUUCAUCAGAAAAAUCGAAAACUAGUUCUUAUGAACAGGAUCAGUUUUCAGAUGCUCUAGAAAUCGUAUCCAAGCGUGAAGAACAAAUCCAACGGGAAAUUAAAGUUGAAGCUGCCGCAGAAAGCUCUCUGAAUUCCUCUGACUCUGCAGAUCUUUUAGAGGACAAAGAUAAUAAAGAAGAUCCGAAUUCACCAGAAGUUAAGUGUCGUUCGGUUGCGUCCGUAGAACCUAAUGAAAGCGAAACAAAGACAAAAAUUGAUGAGAAAACUGAUCUGGAAUCUGAUGCUACCGAGCCCACCAGUUCAGACGAAAAAAAGACGGAUCCUCAGGCUUCCCGGGAACCUAUCAGACGAAGAAUAUGGUAUUCUAAUGAACUCUUGCAGCAUUUUCUGCCCGUUGUACUAAAAAUAAGCAAAGAAAAAGAUGCAGAACCAUUCUUGACUCCAGUGGACUGGAAGUUCCUUGAAAUAUAUGAUUAUCCUCAAAUAGUUUCUGAUCCUAUGGAUCUAUCCACAAUACGGAGAAAAUUAGAAGACCGAGAAUAUAAGGAUCCCUGGGAAAUAGUUGAUGACUUUUGGUUGAUGCUUAACAAUGCCUGGCUCUAUAAUAAGAAGACGUCUAAGGUGUACAAGACCUGUACAAGGUUGGCUGAGACGUUUGAAAGUAUAAUUGAUCCUGUAAUGCAGUCGCUCGGAUUUUGCUGUGGCAGAGAAUAUUAUUAUCAGCCACCUACCUUAACCUGUUUAACGCCGAAGUUUUGUACGAUAUAUCGCGAUGCUGUUUAUUACGUGUACAAGAGCGAUGGUCAAACUCCUGGACUUUUGGAACAAAAAUACACAGUGUGUGAGAGAUGUUACAAUGAAGCUUUGGAUCAAAUAGCUCUUGACAGUGACUCCAGCAACCCAGUGAAUGUUCAAAAGAGUUUGAUGGAAAAGUGCAAAAAUGAUAUCAAAGAAAAGGAGCCAUUCGUCUUUUGUAAGCAUUGUGGAAGGAAGUGGCACAGAGUUUGUGCCAUAUUCCAUGAAGAAAUUUGGCCUGAUGGUUUUAUUUGCAAUCACUGUAUUGUGAACUAUGGAUUAAAACGUGUUGAAAAUCGUUUCACAGCUAAGAAACUGACAACAUGCAAAUUAAGCAACUUCUUAGAAAAGCGUGUAAAUGAUUUUCUGAAGAAAAAAGAAGCCGAUGCAGGUGAUGUUAUUAUUCGCGUUCUUGCGGCAGCAGAUAAAACUGUUGAAGUUAAAUCUGGUAUGAAGGCUCGGUUCUGUGAUAAUGGAGAAAUGCCUGAGUCUUUCCCAUACAGAGUGAAAGCAAUUUUUGCGUUUCAGGAGAUUGAUGGCCAGGAAGUAUGUUUUUUUGGUCUUCAUGUUCAGGAAUAUGGAUCAGAAUGCCCACUUCCUAACACCAGAAGGGUUUAUGUGGCUUAUUUAGAUUCCGUUUAUUUUUUUCGUCCGAAACAAUUUCGUACGGAGAUAUAUCAUGAACUUUUGGUCGGUUACAUUCAUUAUGCAAAGUUACUUGGUUUCACAAUGGCUCAUAUAUGGGCUUGUCCGCCUAGCGAAGGUGAUGAUUACAUUUUUCAUAUGCAUCCACCUGAUCAGAAAAUCCCUAAACCUAAAAGGUUACAAGAAUGGUAUCAAAAAAUGCUUAAAAAGGCACUUAUUGAACGCAUUGUAGUGGAUUACAAAGAUAUCUGUCAAGAUGCUAAUGAGUCCCAUAUGAUUUCUCCAGCUGAACUUGCUUAUUUUGAAGGUGACUUUUGGCCAAACACUUUGGAAGAAAUAUUUAAGGAAAUGGAUGAAGAAGACGCUAAAAGAAAACAGGAACAAGAAGCAAUGGCUCGGGGUGGCGAUGAUGAUGAUGAGGCUAAAGAAAACGUUCAGACUAAAGAAAGCGAUGAAAAUCCGGGAAAGAAGAAGGCCAAACGUAGAAAGCUCAAACGUAGUGCUUCUAUAACAAUCACGGGUAAGCGAAAGCGCGUGGGUGGUAUUGGUUCAGGAGAUGUUGCAAAUGAAGUUGCUCGUCGUGUCUAUGAAAUAAUGGAGAAACAUAAGGAAAACUUUUUUGUCAUUCGGUUGCAUCCUCAAAAUUCUGUCUCUGCACUUCCACCAAUUAAAGAUCCAGACCCACUUAUCAACUCGGAGUUAAUGGAAUGUCGUGGUGCUUUCCUAGAAAAAGCUCGUGAAAAGCACUUGGAAUUCUCAUCGUUACGACGUGCUAAAUAUUCCACUUUGGUGAUGUUGUAUGAAUUACAUAACGAAAAUCGUCAACCUCUAAUGUACACUUGCAAUGUUUGUAGUGCACAACUAGAAACUCCAUGGCAUUGUAAGCAAUGUAUAGAAUAUGACUUAUGUCCUCGAUGCUAUGAAACCGAGAACCACCCCCAUCCUAUGGUGAAAAUAGGUAUUGGACUUGAUGAUUGUAACAAAGGACAAGAGACAAGUAACGAUUCAACUAUUCAAGAAUCAGGAAGAGACAAAUUAACUCGUUGGGUAAAAGCCUUAGGCCAUAGCUGUUAUUGUCGUGAUGCAAAUUGUCGUGUAUAUGCAUGUAAGACAAUGAAAUAUCAAGUACAACAUUUCCGCGUCCAUUCAACAGAUCGAAAUCAGUGUUCUGUUUGUCGAUUUAUCUAUUAUUUAUGUUGCUAUCACUCUAAAACUUGCCAUGAAUUAAAGUGUCUUGUGCCUCUAUGCCCUAAACUUAAGGCAAAGAUGAAACAACAGCAAAAGCAGCAACGCCUCAAACAAACACAAAUGCUACGCAGACGUAUGGCCACAAUGCAGCGCUGUAACAGUAUGACUCCUAAUCAUCAACCAACUCCACCACCAUCUCAAACUUAUCAGCAAUGUUCUCAGUCUUCGACUUCUGAUUGUAUAUCUUCCCCUAUGUCUGUACCUAUGCAGUCAUCACCAUUUGCUUCUACAGCCGUUACUACUGUUUCCUACAAUCUUACCUCUCCACAUUCGAGAAGUCAAUCUUCUAUCCAAUCUCCACAGCAAAGUCCGUUUUUCCAUCCUCCAUGUCCAUCAUCUUAUCAAAAUACUCAGCAAACUGCUCAUUCAUCAAAAGUAUAUGUAUCUAGUCCAUCUAUCCCUAGAUCCCCAUCAAUUUCUUCUAUUCCAGUCUCCACUUGCAUUCAAACCCUUUCUCAGUCCUCUGGGAUUCAUAGUCACCCAGUCGUAACGUUAGAGUCGGAUCAGCUGAUGAACACACAUGUAGAUAUCAGCAGAACAGGUUAUACCUUUCAGCCUCAAUCGAAAUAUUCCUUAUCUUGUGCUCAACCUACAACAUCUUUCAGUACUCAGCAACAAAUACAGCGACAGCAUAUACAGGAACGCCCACCAACAUGUGUUAAUAACAAUUGGGCCCCCAAUUACGUUGUUUCUCAACAAUGCAUCCAAUCACAUGGAUCCACUUCUGGACAUUCAGUCGCACAUAGACCGUCAUUUACUACUAAUUCGGCUCCUGUAGAUCCAUUGUCUCCUAAAGCAAUUAUUCAUCAACCGUGUAUGACUCUUAUGGAUGUUGACCCAUCGUAUCCACAGCAAAUAAUAUCAAGUCAACGAUUUCAAGGAGAAAAUGAACACAAUAAUUAUAUUUUCAACAAGCAGUCUCAGCAACAAGCGGUUACACACCAACCUUCACCAACUUAUUCUCAAGUUAUUGAAGGACACAAUCCCGGAACACUUUUACCCCCUAACCAAACGUCUACAUUGGGAACUAUUUCCAACCCUAAUUGGAGACUGCCUGGAACUGCACCCCCAGGCAGUACUAUGUAUCCAUCAGGAUCAUCCGCUGGCUCUACUCAGCCAAAUACAUCAGUUGUUCGGUCUGCAUCUAUACAAUCCACGCCUCAAUCUAUGGUAUCCACAACUUCGCCCAACACUGGUAUUGUUGUUCCGUGUGGCGUCUCCUCAGAGUAUAUACGGAUCGUGCAACAAGCAUAUACUACCAUGAGGCAGCGAGGCGCUCCGGCGUCUGAGUUUUCAAGUUGGUUGAAUUCCAAUCCGCAAUAUAUGAGAGCGUGGCAGUAUAUUCAGCAAUCACAUCUACACAGUCAACAACAACAACAACAACAGCUAUCUCAAAUGUCCGGGUGUAUUCCCAAUACCUCUAAUCCUCAUUGUCCUAUGGGGACUCAACAACACAGUACGUAUUCUGCUUGUCAGACUCCACAAAAUUCUCAGUCAGCUACUGGACCACGUUCUUUACCUCAGUCUAGGUAUUCUUAUCCACAAGUUCAACAACAGCAGAUUGUUGGAAAUCCUCAGUCACACCAGUCACAAUCUUGGUCGUCUGUGCCCAUACAACAACCUCGUUAUCGCCAAGCAAUAAGUCCUCCCAGUUUUAAUCAACAAUCUAAUCAACAGUUUUCAAUUCCUUGUCAUCAACAAGUAGGUAAACCUCCUUGCACAAAUAUAUCUUCAACCCAAGCAUCUAAUUCUCCUCAACGCUACAUGGCUCAGACAAAUAUGUCUCAACCUAUGACCAAUCAAAUCCCUAUUUCACCUCCUAUUUCUAACAUAUCUCGAUGUGCUAAUACCGUAAUGCCACAAAUGGCACCACUUCCACGUUGUACAAACAACCUCCCAAUACCUUCCAUGGGUCUUGUUAAUUCUUCUGGUAUGAGUCCUAACCGCGCAGUCCAACCUUCUCCUCACUAUUCGUCUGUGAUGCUAUCACAGUUAUUAGGGCCUGGUCAAACAGCUAAUGUUGCCAACACCCCAUCUUCUGUUUCUGACUACCCUAAUAUGCCAAAUAAACAGCAUCUUGUUCGACAGGAAUUCAUUCCUUCAACAGUUUUCCAGCAGAAGUUAAAUUAGGACUAAAUAUUGUUGUCCAUUUAUCUAUAUUUCAGCUGACUUCUCUUGAAAUACUUGUAUUGAGUUUCAACUUUCUUCUUAUUCAGAUGUAUGUAUAUAUAAUAUGAAUUUGAUUAAUGAAUUAUCUGUGAGUUCUCACUACUACUUGUUAUUUUUUUUCACUGCGAAAAAUGUGUAAAUAGUACUUUUGAUUCUUUUAAUUCAUUCUGUAUUAAUUUCACUGUCUACUUCUUAUUUCACUUUUUCCCUAAUGGUGAGGUCAUGUGAUUUUUUGCCAUUUUCUGUAUAUUUGUACAGGCCAUUGUAUAUCAUACGUGGCUAUCCCAGUUAUCGUUGAGCUAGAUUAUAUAUACAUUGUUAAACCUUCCUUAUAUUAAUGUAUUACUACUGAUGUAAUUUUUUUUCUUUCAUAAGAAAUUUCUUUAUAAAUAUGAAUUCACUCAGAUGUGUUUAGUUUUGG